UCUUUGUACUUCGCUCCCGGUCGAUAAUCUAUUCUAUUACUAUUACUGCCACUAUUGUCACUACUACUCCUCAGCUGUAGUGUAUUUUCUUGUAAUUUUUUUCGCUCCUAAUAUAUCUUUAUCUUCUCUUUCAAAUCUUUUAUAUUUUGUUUUUUCCCUUGUAACACGUUUCUACAAAGACAAUAUGCGAAACAUUAUCACUACCGUUGGACUCAUGCUUAGCAGUGCUUGGAUGAUGGCAACAGCAGCUACCACGGACGAAGAACAAGCUCAACAAGGCACUGCAGGUGUUAUGAUGUACCAUCAACCGUUUUCUUCCGCAACGAGCAAUGGAUUGAGCAAACGUCAUGCUCGAGGAACUUGGUACGACGGCAAGGACUUGAAGAAUGCUGCUUGCUACGGCCAUAAUGGAAUGCCAUCGUGGGACGCCACAAUACAUGACAUGAUUGGUGCCAUGGCCAUGGCAGACCACGAGCAAUGCAACAAGUGCGUGGAAAUUACCAACAAUAAAUUCCGUGAACUGUCUGCCACCAUCAUGAUCGUCGAUAAAUGCGCCGCAUGCACAAAGAAGAAUUGGAUCGACCUUUCUCCAGCUGCAUUCGCGAAACUUUCAAAGCACGGCGAUCUCAAUAUCGGUGUCCUUGAUAUCAGUUGGAAAACAGUACCGUGCUCCAAGGUGCAUGGCCAUCUACCACCCAAAAGCGAAAGAAAGGAUGGUAAUAGCAAGAAGAUCCAUCAUGGCUAAAAGAAGUUUGGGUUUUUAUCCAUGUUACCUGCACACGAAAUAUCCCUUUAAGCUUUUGCUUGUUUCUACAUAAUCGCCCAUAUGUCGGGAAUUAACCACCACUGUUAUUAUCUUAAAUCAGGCAAAUGCUCUUAAUCUUUUUCUUUUGGCCUUACUCCUUCUUCUUCCUAUACUGCUGACUAUAUCCAAGCUAUUACUGAUAUUUUUUAUACUACAGCUCUGUUUAAUUGAAGUUUUCUUCUUUUCUCUCUCUCUCUUUUCUUCAUUAUGUUAAAGAAGUAAAUAGCAUAUAAUGUAAUCUACACUUUUGUUUAUCUUUUUGUACCGAUACACAGUUUCUCUUUAUAAAAAAAACCUCUCGAUUUAAAA